CUUUCCAGAGAUCGCCCCCAAACAUAAACUCACAAAUUCCUCUUGUAACGUUAGCCGGAAGGGCGUGCCAUUGACAUUCGUGGUCUGGACUUACACAAACUUUCUGUCAGCAAGGCAGCACAUACCUGAGAAUACGAAUACUACUCUGCAAUAUCGAUUGAGGCUCUGGACCUCGUCCUCGUCACAUUGCCGCGCCUGCAACUGUUUGCAUUCCUCUAGACUCUAAAAACGUGAAUCAAGGAUACCACGUUACCACCCGCACAACACGUUCAGGCUCCCUUCCGGGGACCACCGACAAUAUGGCGCAGUCGCAAGCCACGCAAUUGGCUAUCGUCCUUUCCGCCUUCUUUUUACCAGUAUUGACCUACCUAUACUUCACUGGAUACUUCACGAAAGUGCUACCAAAGAAGAACAAUGCCGGACCGCUUCCUCCGCCGACAGAAAUCACCGCUCUGUACAUCCAUCCAAUCAAGUCAUGUCAUGGCAUCAAAGUGCAGUCAGCGAAGGUGCUCCCUACAGGGCUUGAUCUUGAUCGUCAAUGGAUGUGGGUCACAUCAGAAGACUACGAGUUUCUCACGAUCCGACAAAAUGCUAAAAUGACCCUGAUCCGCCCCUCCUACGACGCAGCAACAGACACCCUCACCGUCACAGCGCCCGCGCCAAACUCCGUCGAUGAGAAACUCGAAUUCAGCAUUCCCGCGCACCCGACCGCUGAGUGGCUGGACUCCAACACCGCCUCUCACGAUGCCAAGAUCUGGAACCAAUGGACAUCCACGUGCGUUUACUCGCCCACUCUAACUGAAUCCUUCAACGCCUUCUUCGGCAAGGAAGUGCGUCUCGUGUACAAGCCUCCUCAGUCUUCGCAGCCGCGCGAACUGCGUUCAAAUGGCGCUCCAGAUGUACUGGGCCGGGAAGCAUCAACAUGUUUCCCUGACCUGAUGCCGCUGCUCGUGGGCAACCGGUCCAGCAUCGACGAACUCAACACGCGCAUCCGCACCGCCGAGAACGGCUCUCUCGCACCGCUCGACGUCUCGCGCUUCCGGCCGAACAUCCUGGUGCGUGGCCAGGCCUCGACACCGUGGGACGAAGACCGGUGGAAAACGCUGCGCAUCACGAGCGCGGGCAAGACGGUGACGACUCUAGAUGUCACGCAGCGCUGUGCGCGGUGCCAUGUGCCAAAUGUGGAUCCCGAGACGGCGGAGGAGCAUAAGCAGCAGCCGUGGGAUACGCUGAUGAAGUAUCGCAGGAUUGACGAGGGGAUUACGUACAAGCCUUGUUAUGGGAUGUUGUGUGUGCCGCGCGAGACGGGGGUGGUUAGGGUUGGAGAUGUGCUGGAGGUUACGGAGGUUACGGAUCAGCAUCGGUAUAUUGCUGGGUUUUAGGUGUGGGAAGAUAUUUGCUGGUUGACUUGGAUGAUAUGGGCUGAUCUGAAUCAUUGUGAAGCAUACAAAAUACCUGCAGUGACGCAACUGUUGAUAACAACCGUGAUGCACGCGCAGAGUUUUCAUUUUAUCUGUAUAUAUUAAACUCACCCCUCGAGCUUCGCAGGCGGCGCGUCGUCCUCCGAUAACUUCGGCUGCGGGUCCGCCAACCCAAUCUUGCCAUGCUUAUCAUACACGAUCUCCCUGAUCUUGACACACCUCAGAUGAUUCCUUCCACCACUGAGCGUACUGUCAUGGUAGAACAGGUACCACUUCCCCUUGAACUCUGCGAUACUGUGAUGCGUCGUCCACCCAACCACGGGCUCCAGAAUCCUGCCG